UAUUAAUUAAGGCGUAGGUUAAGUGUACAGUAGGUUAAGUAGGAAGUAGGUCAAUAGUAAGACGUUAUGAAAUGCGACUGCGCGUAGCGUAGGCAUGGAUAUUUCUUGUAACGACUCGGCCUCUUUGAGACUGACAGUCGAGUAGGUAAGACGUAAAACUUGUAAGCAAUUUAAUAAACAUAAUCAACACGUACUCGUUUGUUAAUACUUAUCACUGGCGACGAGGAUUAAAAAGAAGAACAACGAAGAUGAUUGGUUCGAUACAAAAUUUCAAUCCACGUGUGGACAGCUGGAUUUUAUACCAAGAACAGCUCGAGCAAUACUUCGAAAUAAAUGACAUCAAGGACACGGAAGCAUCUAAGAAGCGAGUAGCGGCGUUGAUCAGUUUAAUUGGCCAAGAUACUUACAAGAUACUCAGAGACCUGUGCACACCAAAAGCCCCUAAAGACAAGACGUACGAAGAGCUCUGCAACCACUUGAAGAAGCAUUUUUCUCCGACCACGUGCGUUUUCAGAGAGAGGUUAGAAUUCUACGACGCGAAGCAGUUGGAAGAAGAGACCGUGAACGAUUGGCACGUGCGAAUACACAAUCUCUCAACGAAUUGCGACUUCGGUACGGACCUGGGGAACGUCCUCAAAGACAAAUUCGUGUGCGGUAUGCGAAAGGGCCCAAUUCGAGACCGACUGUGCGAGGAAAAGCCGAGCAAGUCACUAGAAAAUCUCUUGGAAAUCGCACUAGCGAGAGAAACCACCAUCAAGGCUGACAAGGAGAUUAAUCUGGUCCGAAAAGAAAGGUGGAAUCCAGAAUUUUCGGGCAACGCAAACAACACGUCAGGAGUACUCGAAGGACGCAGAAAUGGGAACAAUCCAAGGAGGUGGUCUUGUAAAGCAUGUGGAGCCGCACAUACAGGGAACCAGAGGUGCAAAUACGCAACGUACAAAUGCAACUCUUGCCAUAAAGUGGGUCAUUUAGCCAAGGUCUGUAGGUCAAGAGCUACACAAAACGCCAUAGAAGCGGAAGAAGAUUUUGAAGAGGCACAAAUUUUUAAUUUAGACUUUCAAGUGGAGGAACCAAUGAAGCUGCAGGUUAGUGUAAACAAUGUGAGGUUGCCAAUACAGAUCGACUGUGGAGCAACCUUAUCCGUCAUAACAGAGGAGUGUUAUAACCAGUAUUUUAAGACUGCAUGUCCAUUGUUUAAAAGCAGACUUAAAUUAAAAUCAUACUCGGGAGAUACUGUUGCCAAUAAGGGCUACAUAAAGGCUACGUUAAGGUAUAAAAAUGUGGUACACAAUGAUUUUAUAUUUCAUGUAGUAGAUAAGACAGGGGACAACAAUUUGUUGGGCCGGGACUUUUUAAGUAAAUUCAAAUUUACAUUAAUAAAUAACGAUUGUGAAAUUAAUAGCUUAGGCGCCGAUACAAAAAUUUUUGCCGAUGAAUUUAAUAAUCUAUUUUCAGAGCAAUUGGGAUGUUACAAGCACAGGACGUUUAUACUAGAACUAAAAUCCGACAGCACCCAACCCAUUUAUCAUAAACCUAGAGCCCUACCCUUAUCCUAUAAAUCAAAAGUGGAAGCAGAACUACAGCGGUUGGAAGAGAAAGGUGUAAUUUCUCCCAUUGAGCACGGAGAUUGGGGGACACCAAUUGUUCCGGUAUUAAAGGCAAAUGGUAGCAUCCGAAUUUGUGGCGAUUACAAAGUGACGGUGAACAGGCAUCUCAGAGAGGUGAAAUACCCCUUGCCUAGAAUAGAGGAAAUAUUUAUGCAGUUGAAUGGGGGUAAAUCGUUCACCAAGAUUGACUUAAGCGACGCAUACAAUCAGUUAGUCGUGGACCAGGAAUCAGCCAAAUUACUGGCAUGGAGCACGCACAAGGGUCUAUACAAGGUAAAUAGGCUCCCCUUCGGGAUCGUACCAGCAAGCGCAAUAUUUCAGCGCACAUUAGAACAAACGUUAAGCGGACUCGGAGGGGUGACCAACUUUUUAGAUGACAUACUAGUCACUGGAAAGACCAGGCAAGAGCAUAAAAACAACCUGAGGCAGGUGUUCCUAAGGCUGAAAGAGGCAGGCUUUGUGUUGAAAUUAUCAAAGUGCGAAUUUUGCAAAAAUGAGAUAAAAUACUUAGGAUAUGUAAUCUCAAGAGAGGAUUUAAAAACCAACAAGGACAAGAUCAGAGCCAUGCUUGAAGCACCCAGGCCAAGAGAUGUGCGGCAGGUAAAGAGUUUUGUUGGCUUAGUAAAUUACUACAGCAGGUUUGUACCAGAAUUUGCGGGAAUAAUGAGGCCUCUUUACGAGCUGUUAAAAAGCGACAGGAAAUUUGCUUGGGAUCAGGGUUGCGAAAAAGCAUUUAACCUCAUCAAACAAGAAAUAGCGUCAGAUAGGGUACUAGAGCACUUCGACCCUUCACGACCGAUAAUUCUAUCAACGGACGCCUCACAUUAUGGAAUUGCAGCCAUCUUAUCACACAAGACGACGAAUGGGGACUUGAAACCAAUAGCCUUCAUUUCCAGGACGCUAAGCAAGGCAGAAGGCAAUUAUUCGGUUCUUGAUAAAGAGGCUUUGGCGAUUUACUGGGCGACAUCAAAACUCAGGACAUAUCUUCUAGGGCAUAGCUUUGAAAUACACACGGAUCACAAGCCACUAAUCUACCUCUUCGGAGAGCAAAAAGGAAUACCACAAAUGGCAUCAGCUAGAUUCCAACGGUGGGCACUCUAUCUGUCCGGAUUCCAAUACAAAAUCAAAUACGUCAAAGGCCAGGAGAACAGUGUAGCUGACAUGUUGUCAAGACAUCCACUGUACUCAGAAACACCAGUGAUUGCAGAGGGAAUGCCAGUCACACACACCGCGGUAUCGCGAGACACACGUCGUGAUCCCACGCUGAGUAAGAUCGUAAAGUUCGUAACUGAGGGGUGGCCAGAGCAAAAAACAGACGAUUUCCUAAAACCGUUCGUCCAGAGGAAAGACGAGAUAACCUGCGAACAAGGAUGUCUGAUGUGGGGCUACAGAGUAAUUGUGCCCAGAAAGCUGCAGCACCACCUGUUAGAGGAACUACACAGCAGUCACCUGGAUAUUGUCAAAAUGAAAUCAAUAGCCAGAGCCUAUUUUUGGUGGCCGAAUUUGGACAAGGACAUUGAGAACAUAGCUCGUAGCUGUAUUCCAUGCAAUAAAGUCGCAAGGGAACGUCAGAAAGCGAUCCCAAUUCCGUGGAAUAGACCAACGCGUCCGUGGCAAAGAGUGCACAUCGAUUUCCUUGGACCGAUUAAUAACAGCCACUACCUCAUUAUGUUGGAUGCUUAUAGUAAAUGGCCUGAAAUUUUUAAAAUGAACUCAAUCACGUCCGCUGCAACAAUUAGCAAAAUCAGGGAAACAUGUGCAAGAUGGGGAAUUCCAGAGACUUUGGUGUCAGACAACGGCACACAGCUCACAUCCGAGGAAUUUUCAAUUUUCUUAAAAAGAAAUGGAAUAAGGCACGUUACCGGACCGCCGUACAAACCAGAGACAAAUGGAGCAGCAGAAAAUGCAGUAAAGAGUUUUAAGAAAGGCUUCAAGGCAGCGCUUUUAGACCAAAGAAACCGACACGUUUCGACAGACACUCUUGUCAGCAGGUAUUUAUUCUGGUAUAGAAAUUCCACGCACUGUCAAACGAAUGAAACGCCAGCGAAAUUGAUGCUGGGUAGACAUCUCCACACGACGCUCAACUUAAUGAGACCUGACACAAACCGAGACACAGAAAGGCAAUUUAACCAUAAAGGUCGAGAUUCUCCAACAUUUGAGAAGGGAAGUAUAGUUUGGAUUCGGGAUUAUCGGAAGCCUAAUACCAAAACUUGGCAGGAAGCAAAGGUCAUCGACAUACUGGGACCACGAAACUACACGUGCGAGUUACCAGAUGGACAAAAAUGGAGGAGACACGUUGACCAAAUGAGAAAAAGAAUUGAAGCACCAAGCACUGAGGACAGCAAGUCAGAGACAGUACAAUCAGCGAAUACAAACCAAGAAGUACCACAAAGGAAGAUGCCUGGGGAACCAACAAUGCCGUCAGCCACACCGCCACUACCAGAACAAACACCAUCUCUCGAACCGCAACCCAAUCCUAUUCCAGUCAUUCCGGUACGCGAUAGACCAAAGCGUUCUUGUAACAUCCCAGCACGCUACAGAGAUUAGGAAUUAAUAUUAGGCGCAUUCGGUUUUUUUUUUUUAAAUGUACUAAUCUUAAAUGGGGGGAUAUGUAAUGUAUUAAUUAAGGCGUAGGUUAAGUGUACAGUAGGUUAAGUAGGAAGUAGGUCAAUAGUAAGACGUUAUGAAAUGCGACUGCGCGUAGCGUAGGCAUGGAUAUUUCUUGUAACGACUCGGCCUCUUUGAGACUGACAGUCGAGUAGGUAAGACGUAAAACUUGUAAGCAAUUUAAUAAACAUAAUCAACACGUA